AUGUCAUCCGAUGAUUGUAUUCCAGUAAAAGUUGCCCUGCAGCUCAUGGACCCAUCCUCACUUGGCCUGGCGGAUCAGUAUGGUAAAUUCCAAGAAGUACACAAGCAGCUGCAGAAUGCGCUCAAGGUCAUCGUAAACGAACAUCACCAGGGUUUCAACAGCAGCAUUGGUACAUUCCACAAGAUUCAGGCCGCUAUUCAUGCAUCCCAGCUGCGUGUACGGACACUCCGAGCGGGCUUGGUCCAAGCGAAGAGCAGUCUGGCGAGUGCCAGGCCAGAGCUCAAAGCCUUCGCACAAAGCAGCCAGAGCUACGACCAGAUGCUACAAGUUCUGGGCACCAUUGAGCAACUGCAGGCGGUACCGGAAGAACUGGAGGCUCAGAUCUCGGAGAAGCGCUUCCUGGGUGCGGUUGAUACAUUGCAGGAUGCCCUGAAGCUGAUCCGGAAGCCCGAAAUGGAGGACAUUGGUGCUCUGAGUGAUUUGCGUGUGUAUCUGAGCAACCAGGAACAUUCGCUCACCGACAUCCUGGUUGAGGAACUGCACAACCACCUCUAUCUCAAAAGUCCAUACUGUGAAGAGAGAUGGAAAUCACACAUGAAGCGGGACAUCUCCAGUUCAACCAUUGAUGAGGGAGAACGAGCGAUGCACCAGUUUCUGGAGUCCUACGAUGGGAGCAAACGAAUGACAGAAGACACGACUCGAAACCCGGAAGCGGACACCUUUUGUUAUAUUCAGUUGUUAGUGGAGUCAUUAAACAAGAUGUCACGUCUAGAUGUGGCGGUAGACGCCAUCGAGCACCGACUUCCUGUGGAGCUCUUUACCGUUGUCGAACGUUCGCAUAUGGAAGUCGAACAGAGACAUCCUGCGAUUCUACGUGCCGCGAGAAACGGACAAAGAAAAGGGUCUGUGAAUGCAGGACCCGAUGGAGAACGACAAGCGACGUUGGAAGACUUACUCACUACGUUGUAUGCGAGAUAUGAAGCCAUCGCAGAGGGUCACCGUGUUCUCCACGAUGUCACGGGUGCAAUAAUACGCCGAGAAGCGCAUGAAGACCCUGGGCUAAACCGAAGUUUCCGCGAGUUAUGGAAGCUUUUGCAAAGUGAGAUCAGAUCUUUAUUGCACGAUCAUCUCGCAACCAAUGGCAACCUUGGACAUCGUUCUCGGAAGGACAACGACCCAAAUGCUAAUAUUUUCCAACCUCAGCCGCGAGAUAGAAGCAGAAAGCUGUUCAAGAUGUCUGACACCGACAGCAAAUCGACCGAGCUGGCAACAGAUCGGGAGGACUUGGAAAUGAUCCUCAAGCAGUCAGUGCCUGGGCUUGUCGGGAGCAGUAUACAGAGCGCAAAGCAGGAACGUGGUAUCGUUGCAGACGUAUCAGCAACCGGGCACAAGCUGCUCGUCGAGCCCAGCGUCUUCAAUAUGGGGAUUUUGCUCAAGCCCUCGCUCGAUUUCCUCACCAGACUGCGGGAUGUCGUCCCGCCUAAUUCUGGGGUCGUUUCCAGUACUCUAACCUCCUUUCUGGAUGACUUCCUCAUCAACGUGUUUUAUCCUCAACUCGAUGAGACCUUGCUCGAGCUCUGCAACCGCAGCACGACAGAGAUGGACGCUUUCCAGGCAGAUCCACAAUGGCAGAUGCAUGCGCAGAAACCUGUAUUCAAAGGCACUGUCCGCUUUUACGAACUAAUCGAAGCAUUCUGCGUCAUGCUGGACAGCCUCCCGCAUGACCAAAGCUUCAGCCAACUUGUCAUCACCCAGAUGAGAGGCUACUAUGAUAAAUGCUAUCAGUGGUCCAAGACUUUACUCCAGCGUGCACAGCUGGCUCAAGAGGGCAAUGUGAAGAUGAGACUCGCUGCGCAGCUGGCCACCUCUGGCGAAGUGAAUAAGACAGUCGUGGAACUUACCAAAGCCGAUACUCAUGACGCUGUGGUACUGGCUGAGAAGGAAGCUGCCCUUCUCCUGAAUGCCACAAAGACGCGUACCAYUGAGGAGGCUGAUUUGAUCCAUGACCGCAAGGCCCUCGCCGCACUUUGCACACUGCAUGUCUCCAUGAAAUGGCUCGCAUCUCGUUGCCAACAGCUCCGGUACAUUUCGCCUUUAGCUGUGGAUACUUCCAACAUGCAAGCGCAUGAUCGCCGACGUUGGACACAAAAUCUCUCCCUCAACACCGCGCCCUCGAAUGCGUAUCUCCCUCUGGACCCACAGACAGCAGAGGCCUUCGAUGGCGUUGUGGCUUCCUUCACAGAGCUCUCAUCCUUGAUUCUACGAACGCUUCACAUCGAUCUCCGCCUUCACCUCAUGCACGGGAUCUAUAGUGCUCUGGACACAACCUAUGCCCUCGGCCAACCCUACAACGACCCAGACCCUGCAAUCCUCAGCCUGUCAACUGCACUAGGAACAUACGACACCGCRAUCGCAGCCAACCUCUUACAGCCGCAAUAUGACUUCCUCACUGCCAAGCUGGACAUACUAGCCAACAAAGCUCUAGUCAGCCUUGUGGGUUGUAUUCGUGGUCUGGACAAAUUUGGCAUCGAGCGCAUGGGUUUGAAUGCAAUGGUUCUGCAGCAGACACUCAAGACUGCGAUGCAGCAAGAUGCGAGUUUGGAUCACGCGGCCAGGUUCUAUGAAUUGGCGAGGGGUGCGAGGAUCCUACUAAAGGAAGGGAGGAAGGCCGGUUAUGCCAAGGAGGAUUUGAAGGCGCUGCUUAGGUUAUCGUGGAUUGAGAAAAGGGAUGGUGCGGAGGGGUCGUUGGAGGAUGCUGUUGCUAGGAUUGAGUGA